AUGCGGGCCGCUGCACUUGCGGUCACCUACGCAUGGCGCGUCCAGGCAGGCCCUCCGACGGAAACGGUCAUGGUCACGGCGCCCAUGGCUUCGGGCGGCCCGGAGAUCGACAUGACCAUUUGGCAGACGGCGUUCACAUCAUCCACUUCGAAGACCCACGAUUCCCAUGCGCACGUAAACGGGCAUCUGGUCAAGGUCUCCAACCCUCUCGGCCGCGUUGCGGUGGUGCCCCCGCUUCCCGGCGGAUGUGGAACGAUUGCCUACGUGCCGGACACGGCGGCGUUGUACAAUCCCAGUUGCAUCUUGGCCACUGACGCCGGUUAUUAUAACACGUUCCAAUGCAUUGGCAACGUUGUAAGUGAUGGCGAGAUCCAUUACACUGAGCCCAUGAAUACCACCUAG